CCCUCACCGAUCGCGAAUCGCACCUUCCCCUUCCUAAUUUUAUCGCCGAGCUAUGAACAACCACUGAACGCAAGCUUACAGGAUGUUACAUUGUGUUAUCUGAUCUCAGCUGUUGACGUGCGUUUUCAUAGCUCUCAAUCCAUUGAAGCCGAAGAAAUCGGAAGAAACAACAUGAUGAUCACGUCCUGGCUUAUCUGGUACUGACUGACCAAGCCGUACCACUCGUUACUACGCAAGUCUAUAAGAACUACAUGUCAUCUGUUGACUCGGCAUACUACAUCCCUCAACAGUAAUUUCCAUGUCGUUGACCGACUUGAACAUUCGUAUUGCAACCAACGGGCGUCAAUGCAAUUACUGGCAUAUGGCUGCCAUAACGCUCCUUUUUUGGGAUCAUCUCCUUAGUUUGGAAAUCGAAAUCAAGUAUUUAUGGAAAAAACCAUUGAAUUCGAGCGGAUACUUGUUCAUUAUCCAGCGGUACUUCAAUCCUAUUGCAAUAAUUUUCACAUUUGUGACGCUAUUUGACGAUUUACCUGUGAGUUGCAAGACAUUAAGUAAUAUCAGACAGGGCAUAUUGAUUAUUGCUCAACUCGUUGUUACUCUCAUAAUGACCUUGCGCAUACAUGCCCUAUACGGCUGCAAGAAACGGCUUCUCUACUUUCUGCUCAGUGUCAUUGCGAGUUUGCUGUCAAUCGUCUUGAUUGUUACAUACACUAUACACCUUGACCCGCCGCAGGAAUCAUCAAUAUCUGGAGGAUGCUCUACUCAACUUGAUUCUCAUGAUGCCUCUCGAGCCGCUGUGGCCUGGUUGAUGAUCUUCAUUUAUGAUGUCCUUCUGUUUGGGCUCAUGGUUCAUAAUGCCUUCAAAACCCGAAAAGAGCUCCAUAUGAUCCAUCGCCUGAAAUUUCGAGCAUCCCUUAGAGUAAUUCUUCUUCGUGAUGGGGCCAUGUAUUUUGGGGUAAUGACCUUGGUCAAUCUCGCCAACAUCUUGACCUACUAUUUCUCUGAGGACUGUAUGCGUGGCGGAUUGGCACCAUUCACAAGCAGCUUAUCAGUAACCUUGGUGUCCAGAUUAAUGCUGAAUUUACAUCAAGUAAAGAGCUCCGGAAUUUAUCUUAGUGGCAGUCAAAUGGUCACUGAAUCCGACAAGACUGUAUCUCAUAUGGUGUUCCGUGAACCAGGGGAUUCUACACCAUAGGAUCUGAAUAUUCUACUUAACCCUGUUCCAUUCACUGAAUGAUGCCAACGAAAAUAUGCAGGUUGUUGGUGUUAAUUCCCGGAAUAUAUUGCCCAUUCUUUGUGAGGAUAGAGCACUUUGACCAGCCACAUUGGGUGAAUUAUAAUAAAAGCCAAACGAUACUUUUCGUUGUCAAGAUGAUCAUCAACCGGGUACAGAAGGCUACUCAAAAGCGGCAUCAUGAGUCCAAUUAAUACACAGGAAUUCGGAUCCUUAGUAAAUUCCAUAUUUAAUAGAGUGUGUACUUAAAAUCUGUGUUGCAUCAAUCAUCCGUUCUUUAAA